AGGGGAAGAGAGAGGGGUGUAGCUGUUUCAUGCUGCUUUCACAUAUCCCAUGUCGUUAUGCGGCUAAGGAUUGGGUCCACCGACCCCUAGGCCUUACCUUCUCUCUCUACAAUUAAUUCCAUUUUUUCAUAUUCGUAAGAAAAAUUAAUUUAUGACAAGAGAGAUGUGAGCAAAAUCUGGAAAAGCUUUUCAAGAGCGAAAAAAGGCAGAGAAUAAUAAGGAGAGAGGGGAAAAAGAGAAGGCCAAAAAAAAAAAAUUGCCGUGUGUGUAUAUGUGUUGGUGUAUCUGCAUGACACCAAAUCAGUGAAGAAACUCUCACUAAUAAUAUCAGUUUUCAUCACUUCUCAUUUAAAACAUACACAAGCCCAACCUUGUGAGGAGAAAGAACACAUAUAUAUAUAUAUCAUCAUCAAGUAAUAGUGUUCAUGGAGCAGCUGAUUUGCUUUUUCUCCUCCUUCUUUUGCUGCUUCUGCCUCAGCUCAGAUAUUAUUUCUCUGCUUUAGCUUCUUUUUUCUUUUCUCUAAUUGCUGCGAUUUACGUGAAUUGAAGAGAGGAACCGAAUUGCAUGCGGGUUAUCCAGAAUUCUGAUUCAGUUUUGGAAGUUUGAAGAAGUUGAAGAAGCAGAAGAGAGAAAGAGAAAGAGAGAGAGAUAUUCAUAUACAUAUAGAUAUAGUUGGAGAAGGUUAAUUAUUAUAGCUAGGGAGGAGUUGCUUUCUUAAGAGAUGGCGCAAUCAUCUUCAUCAGCAUCGCUGUUUGGAUUUAGAGGAGAAGAUCAGAACCAGAUGAAGGAACAGCAUUCCUUGCCUCCAUCAUCUUCAACCACCUCAUCUGCACCACCACAGCAGAAGAAAAAACGAAAUCAACCUGGAACCCCAAAUCCAGAUGCGGAGGUGAUAGCACUAUCUCCCAAGACCCUAAUGGCAACAAACAGGUUUAUAUGUGAGGUAUGCAACAAAGGGUUCCAAAGAGAGCAAAACCUACAGCUCCACAGAAGAGGACACAACCUGCCUUGGAAGCUUAAGCAGAAGACUACAAAAGAGCCUAAGAGGAAGGUUUAUCUCUGCCCUGAGCCCACAUGCGUCCACCAUGACCCUUCUCGUGCUCUUGGUGACCUCACUGGCAUCAAGAAGCACUACUCUCGCAAACAUGGCGAGAAGAAGUGGAAGUGCGACAAGUGUUCCAAGAAGUACGCUGUUCAAUCCGAUUGGAAAGCUCAUUCCAAGACCUGUGGCACUAGAGAAUACAGAUGUGAUUGUGGAACUCUCUUCUCCAGGAGAGACAGUUUCAUCACCCACAGAGCUUUCUGCGAUGCAUUGGCUCAAGAAAGUGCAAGGCAGCCACCGAACCUGAACAACGCCAUUGGAACCCACCUUUAUGGAAGCACCAACAACAACAUGGCCCUAGGCUUAUCUCAGGUGGGUAUGGGUAUGGGUGUUGGUGUUGGUGUUGGUGUUGGUGUUGGUGUAGGUGUGGGUGUGGGUCCACAACAGAUACCAACCGCCAUGCAAGAAUCUAGCACUGAUCUCUUGCGUCUUAGUGGUCGAACCGGUCAAUUAGACCAUCACAUGCUUCCACCACCACCAUCAUCCUUUAGAACUUCACACCAUCAACCAUUCUUCAUGAAUGAUCAUCAAAACUUCCAUGGCCACCAGGGACUCAUGCAACUAUCUGAUCUUAACAACAAUAACAACAACAGCAUGGAUAAUAAUUCUCCAUCAGGAGGAGGAGGAGGAGCUAAUAAUAAUAAUAGUAGUAACAACAACAACAAUAAUAAUAAUAAUAAUAAUAACAGUAACCUCUUCAACCUUCCAUUCCUUUCAAGCAACAGCACUAACAGCAGCAACAACUCUUUCUCUGAUCAGCAUGGUAACAACAACAACAACAAUGAAGGGAACAACAGUUUCUUCACCGGUGCAGGUGGAAGUGCUAUAAUGCACCAAACAACCUCAUCAACUGCACCAUCACUCUUCAGCAAUUCCCUCGAAACAAACAACAACAACAACAGCGGUUCCAUUUCUCACAUGUCCGCAACUGCACUCCUUCAGAAAGCAGCACAGAUGGGUGCAACUACAAGCAACAGCACCGCCUCACUCCUCAAGAGCUUCGGCGUCACUUCCACAACCAGCGCAGCUGCAAAACCACCUCAUGAUCAUCAUCAUCACCUGAGGGCGGCAACAAUGGUGAGCAAUGCUGCUGCUGCAGCAAACUAUGGAAGCAUAUUCGGGUCAGGGAGCGAGCAGGGUAACCUCCAGGAUCUGAUGAACUCGUUUGCCACUGUAGCUUCCGCUGGACACUCUUCUUCCAUGUUCGAAAGCGGUGGAGUUUCUUCUGUAGGGCUUAUGGCUGGGUUUGAUCAUGCAUACGAUCAUAGCUCAAACAGUAGGGAGCAUAAGCUGCAUGGAGUGAGCAUUGGUGGUGGCUCCGAUGGGCUCACUAGGGACUUUCUCGGUGUUGGUCAAAUGGUUAGAACCAUGAGCAGUGGCGGCGGCGGCGGUGGAGGAGGAGUUUCUCGAAGAGAACAACAGCAACAACAUUGCUUCACGUUGAGCUCGAUGGAAGCUGAAAGGAAUAGUAAUGCUGCGCCGUCAGGGCAAUCUUUCGGUAGUAGUGGCGGUGGAGGAGGGAAUUUUCAGUGAGCAAAAAAGAAAAAACAUGAUCAGCUUCAGCGUAAAAGAAAGUACAAAGGGGGUUUCAACUUUCAACUUGAUCCAUUAAAAUAUGACUGCCUAGCUUCACCUAGUUCUCGCCUUUUGAGAGCAGUAACUUGGAAUCAUAUGGGAGUUCCUGGACUUUACUAAUGGCGCAAGCGAAUUAGGCUUGCUCGACUUUGUUACAUCUUUAUUUUUAUUUUUAUUUUUAUUUUUUCCCUUUUUCCCCCCCUCCAAUUAGGAUUAUAAGCAAAACUAGUUUCAAGAUUUUCGUGGUUUAAUUUUAUAGAUUCUGUUAUUGGACGACACAUUAGUUAUAUUUACAUAUUUAAAUUAGAGCACCAGUUAUGACCUUGAUCAUA